AGAGUAUAAAGCGAGGAGCUGACAGGGUGCUGGGAACACUCUGCUUCCAGGACUGGAUCAUGGGCUUUACUGCGUGGCUGUGUUUGCUCUGCCUGCAGGCGAGCCUGCUGUCUCAUGCGCUCGACUGCUCAGGAGGAAGUCGGGCCGACUUGUGCAUCAACACACAGACGGCGGACGAGCAGACUGGCGAUGAGAGGCUGCAGAGGUCACUACCUGCAAAUGAUGAAGAGAUUUUGCUCAGGCGUAAGAGACAUUCGGAGCGCAGAGGCCACGCCCACCUAAGUCACCCCGGCCUCCCGGGGGCCGUCCAUGUAAAAGGCUUUCCAAACGCUCUCAUCCAGGCUGACAGGUCCAGGCGACACUUGGCUCAAGCGGCAAACAAGAAGAAGAGCAAGCGUAAAUCCCGCGUGGGCUCCUUUUCCCUCCUUAGCAAUGAUAAGAAAUCUAACCCCCUACAGGUGAUCAGAGCCAGAAGACAGGUGAAGAACGAGACGUCCAAAUGGGGCAAGUCCGGUCGAUCUGGGUCUCUCUCUGUCCUGGGAGAUCCGCACCAUGACAGACAACAAAAAGAAGCGUAAAGGAAACAGUCGUGCCCGGAUUUCACCAGAUAGACACCAGUCUCCGUGUGUGUCUGACAUUGUAAAGGUUUUAAUAUGUAUGUGCCAGCAUGUUAUGGAAACCAAAAUGGCAUUUGUUAUUGCUGUAUUUUAUCAGAUAUUGAGGGGUAUAUUUUUGCAGAAAUGUUUCUUAUUGUAUGAUUUCAAUAAAAGUUUAGG